GACUCUCGUAUGAAAGCCCACGCGAUCCAAGUGCCCUGCAGGUUUUGUUCCAGGGAAAAGGUCUCUGCAGAUGACUGUAAAUGACUACCUGGAGGUCGAUUAAAGUGCAGUACUGCGGGAUUCAGCCGAUUUCCUUCUUCCUCUGACUGCCAGGAAAUACCAGCCGAAGGCCAGCAGUAUUCUAAGGACAUAUGGAAUUGGCUAUGGAUAAUUCAUAUGCUUUCAAUCAACGAAGCACCUGUAAUGGAAUUCCAUCUGAGAAGAAAAACAACUUCCUUAUAUCAGAAGAUCAUGGACAAAAAGUCUUAAGCAUACUACAGAAUUUUAGAGAACAAAAUGUCUUUUAUGAUUUUAAAAUAAUUAUGAAAGAUGAAAUAAUCCCAUGUCAUCGUUGUGUGUUAGCAGCAUGCAGUGACUUUUUCAGGGCAAUGUUUGAAGUGAACAUGAAAGAAAGAGACGAUGGAAGUGUUACCAUUACUAAUCUGUCCUCCAAAGCAGUAAAAGCAUUUCUCGAUUAUGCCUAUACAGGAAAAACAAAAAUAACAGAUGAUAAUGUGGAAAUGUUCUUCCAGCUGUCAUCAUUUCUUCAAGUUUCCUUCCUAUCCAAAGCUUGCAGUGACUUUUUAAUAAAAAGUAUUAAUCUUGUCAACUGCUUACAGUUAUUAUCUCUAUCAGAUAGCUAUGGCUCCACCAGUCUGUUUGAUCAUGCAUUACACUUCGUACAACAUCACUUUUCUUUACUAUUUAAAUCCAGUGACUUCUUAGAGAUGAAUUUUGGAGUACUACAAAGAUGUCUGGAAUCAGAUGAAUUAAAUGUUCCUGAAGAAGAAAUGGUACUGAAAGUUGUCCUUAGUUGGACUAAACAUAACUUAGAAUCAAGGCAAAAGUAUCUGCCUCAUUUGAUUAAAAAAGUAAGAUUACAUCAGUUAUCUGAGGAGACACUUCAGGACUGUCUGUUCAGUGAAGAGAGUUUACUCAAAAGCACAAACUGUUUUGACAUAAUCAUGGAUGCAAUUAAAUGUGUGCAAGGUUCUGGUGGACUCUUCCCUGACGCUCGACCAUCCACAACUGAAAAAUACAUAUUCAUUCACAAAACUGAGGAAAAUGGAGAAAAUCAAUAUACAUUUUGCUACAAUAUUAAAACUGAUUCAUGGAAAAUACUGCCGCAAUCACACCUGAUUGAUUUGCCAGGAUCUAGUCUUUCUAGCUACGGAGAGAAAAUAUUCUUGACAGGUGGUUGCAAAGGGAAAUGUUGUAGAACGGUUCGACUACAUAUUGGCGAGUCAUAUCAUGAUGCCACCGAUCAAACCUGGUGCUACUGUCCAGUUAAAAAUGAUUUCUUCUUGGUAUCAACCAUGAAAACACCAAGAACCAUGCAUACCUCAGUUAUGGCUCUUGAUAGAUUAUAUGUUAUAGGUGGAAAGACUAGAGGAGCCCGGGACAUUAAAAGUCUCUUAGAUGUUGAAUCUUACAAUCCUCUUUCCAAAGAAUGGACAUCUGUUAGCCCAUUACCCAGAGGCAUAUACUAUCCAGAAGCAAGUGCAUGCCAAAACGUAAUUUAUGUUCUUGGAUCAGAAGUAGAGAUUACAGAUGCUUUUAACCCAUCGCUUGAUUGCUUUUUUAAAUACAAUGCUACAACUGAUCAGUGGUCUGAACUAGUAGCAGAGUUUGGGCAAUUUUUUCAUGCAACAUUAAUUAAAGCUGUCCCAGUAAACUGUACACUGUAUAUAUGUGACCUUUCCACCUAUAAGGUUUAUAGUUUUUGUCCAGACACUUGUGUUUGGAAAGGUGAGGGAUCUUUUGAGUGUGCAGGCUUUAAUGCAGGUGCAAUUGGAAUUGAAGAUAAAAUUUAUAUAUUAGGUGGUGAUUAUGCACCAGAUGAAAUCACAGAUGAAGUGCAGGUCUACCACAGCAACAGAUCUGAGUGGGAAGAAGUUUCACCAAUGCCGAGAGCCUUAACAGAAUUUUACUGCCAGGUGAUUCAGUUCAAUAAAUACAGAGACCCGUGGUUUCCCACUCUAUGUGCUUGAACAUUCUCAAACAAUUCCAGUUCUAGUAACCUAAAGUAAACUCGUUAACCAAAAUGAUAGGUAAAAAGGUCUAUACAUCUUAAUGAAAUAAAAUGUUCCUGCUUUCAGUUACUAUGUAUGCACACUACAUAUGAAUAAACUGUUUCCAAAAGCUUAAAAUAGAAAUUACAUUUUACCAAAAAUUAUAUUGAAUAUAACCUUGGAGAGUCUAGAAUACUUAGUAUUUUCUCAUGAAACUACAAAUCAUGGACUUUGACACUUUGACUUUUAAAGUACUCUGUCCAUAAAAGAUUUGUACUAUUUAAAUGGGAGAAAUCUCUUGAGUAAAAAUGAAUUACUUAUACUGUAUCUUAUAUGCAGUAAAAAAUAAAUUAGAGGUGAAAAACUUGUUACUGUGGGUAUAAGAGUUGUUGAAUUCCUAUCAUUUGUGAUGAUUGGUUAACCUGUUUUAGGUACCGUUUUUACCCUUUUUAAGUUCAGAAAUGUAUUUUCCCAGCUUUAUAAACUGUAUACUAAACAUAGUCCAACUUUUUUCAAUGGCUCAUUUUUUCAUUAAAAGCAUAAUGUACCAUCUUAUAAUGCCAUUAGCAAUUACUUAAAUGCUUUUUUUAAAAUGCUGAUUCUAUUAGUUUUCAGUAUCAGUUGGUUUCAGUUUCUAGCAGUCUCUCUCAUAUUCUGGUUCAAUCUUAGUAAAUUAACAUUCUGGAUUUGAUUAGUAGGUCUAAGUUACACCUGACCUGAGACUACAUUAACAUGUAAUCCUCAGGGGGAAAUUUUUGGAUUCAGGAUGGUAGUACUAAAAUACUUUUUAUGUAUCAUUGCUAGAUUCCAGCUUAAUUGAGGAUAUGGAAAAUUGACCUCUAAUUAAGUGGUUCAUUAAAAUUGCAUUUCUUAAAUUUUGUCCAAAUUGAGCUACAUAAAACAUUUCAGGAUUUAAAUUAGUCCCAAAUCAAUUUUCUGGGUUGAUGUAUACCAACUAUAAAGCAUCAUGUUGGUUUGCUACUUAAGUAAAGUAUUCUUAGUGAAUUACUUUCUAAAUUAAAAAAAAAAAAGACUAGGCUUUUGGUAUUGAUAGUAGUAUUCACAACCUGCAUCUGUGUAGAUGUUUGAUCUUUACGCGGAACAAUGAAAAGGUAUUGUCAUUGUUCUCAGGUAGGUGAUUCGCCUUCUAAGAGUGUAUGUUUCGUUAAUCAGUUUAAAAGAUAAAGGCAUUUUCGGGUUUAAGACCCCUGCUUUACAUCUCAGGUAAUGUGUAUACUGUAUUUCUCUUGAACCAAAUGUAGUUUUCUACACUCAGUUGUAAAUGUUAAUCUUCCUCAAAUGUGCAUCUUCUUAAUAACUGUGUCUCUAAGUAGAAAUAUACCUAAAUGAAGAUUUUGUUAUUUUACCAUAUAAAUUUAUGCAACCAUAAGUUCCAAAUGUGUUUUUCAAAAUGGAAUGAAAUAUUAGAGUACAUUUUCAUGCAGUUUAAAAAUCAAGGACUGUUUUUGAUUAGAGGCAGGUGCAUAAAGAGUUUUCUGUGAAAUUGGUGGCCUUCUUAUCUAAGCACAUGAAUAGUUGGUUCUGCACUUUGUGUAUUUAAAAAAAUGGAAAAUUCAGUGGAGCUUUUGUUUAUGUGUGUGGCUCUGAAAACAAAUUGUGUGAGAAAGACCAUAACACAGUGAGUAACCUAUACGUGGAUUUACUGAACUGUUAACUUAAGCAUAUAUAUUAAUAGCGUAUGUUUAAAAUAAAUACUGUUUUAAUCACUGA